UAGUCCGGUACAUAAAAUGAAGCGAGCAGAAGCGUUACGGGAAGCUGCUGUCGUGUGGCUCUUUGGAUUUUGCUGAUGUAUGAGGAGACGCUUUUGUUUUCGUAAGAUCUCUGUCAAGGAGGUCAAAGUCAGCUUGGGGGAUGGACGAGCAGAAAUCAAACUGCGACGAAAGCGACUCUGAGCCAACAGCUGACGAUAACGCUCCUGCAAAACAACUUGUCUCCUCUGAAGGAGAGUCCCAAGCUCUUCCUGCUGCUGAGGGUGUGUCUGAUCCCACUGCCACCUCUUCAAGUGCACCUAUAGAGAGCGUGAAGGCUUGUGCUCUUUGCAACUGUGUGGAACGCAGCCUUCAUGGACAACGGGAACUCAGACACUUGGGGUCGACUUCAGAACUUCCAAACCUCCAGCGUUCAGCUUCUCCUCUGCCACAGCCUGGAAAUGAUGAGUUGUCUUCCAUUGGAUUUUUGGACACCCCCUGUCUGGCGUCGCUAUUUGAUGACUCAGGCGGUUUUUGGGUUCAUCACUGGUGUGCGGUGUGGUCAGAAGGAGUGAAACAAAUGGAUGAAGGCGGGUUGGAGAACGUGGAUAAGGCUGUUAUCUCAGGGACACAGCGGCUUUGUGAAUACUGCAAAAGGCUUGGUGCAACUAUUCGGUGCCAUGCUGAGGGCUGUUCAGUUUUUUACCACUUCCCCUGUGCGGCAGCGAGUGGCUCCUUCCAAUCCAUGAAACAUUUGGCCCUUCUCUGUCCACACCACAUAGACAAAGCAGAAGAGUUAGCAGGGGAAGAGUCUUGGUGUGCAGUGUGUGACUCAGCAGGGGAACUCACAGACUUGCUGUUCUGUACGGGUUGUGGCCUACAUUAUCACGCAGCCUGUUUAGAGAUUGGGGCCACGCCCAUCCAGCGGGCAGGAUGGCAAUGCCCAGAGUGUAAAGUGUGCCAGACUUGCAGACAACCAGGUGAAGACUCCAAAAUGUUAGUAUGUGAUGCCUGUGAUAAGGGCUACCACACCUUCUGUCUGCAGCCAGCCAUGGAUUCUCUCCCCACAGAUCCAUGGAAAUGCAGAAGGUGUCGUGUAUGUAUGGAGUGUGGCAUUCGUGGACUCGUGUUGCCAGGCUCGGCUCAGUGGUUUGAAAACUACGCUGUGUGCGAGGCCUGUCAGCGUGUGCGCAGCUCCAUGUGUGGCGUAUGUGGCAAAGCUGCACACCCAUCUGUGGCUCUUCAGUGCUGCACCAUGUGCCACAGGUGGGUGCACAGAGAGUGCGAGCUCCCAGAAGUCAACAGCAUUUGCCUGCUUUGUAAGGAGGAUCGACAUCACCAGGAGUGUCUCACCGAAGCAUACACAGCAGAGACAUCAACCGCAGCGGUAGUGGAUGAAACUGAAGAGCAGAUACAGUUGGUGGAGAUGACAAUCCAAACAGAGGCUGACAUGAUGACGGAAGAGCAGACAAAUGUUAUACAAGGCCAAGGAAGCACAUCAGAGAUGGGGUCAGCGGACGCCACAGCUGAAGAAGUGACACCCAUGGACCUAGGUAUGGAAGCUACCAUUGUUGAGACAUCAGAUGUAGGUGACAGAUUCUCGAGGGAGGAGCUGAAGAUACAAAAAGAAGGCUGUACUUCAGAGGGAUCUACCAGACCAUUUGAGUCUCCAGCUGAAGAAUGCUCGACCAAACAGGGUGCCCCUUGUUUACCUGCUGAUGACAGGAGAGCAGAAGAGGCAGUCAACCAAGUGAUCCGAGCUGAGCCGCAAGAUUCUACUGCUGAGAGACUGUCUCAAAAUCCUAAAGUAGAAGCAACACUGGAGGGCCCUGAACAUAUGGAGGUGGAGAAGCUGGAGACUCCUCCUUCUGUCGACCGGCUUCAAUUAGCAGUGUUUGUAAAGGCUGAUUCUGGUGGCAUCCAAAGUGCAAAAUCAUUCAGUAAGACCCUGUCAAAGUUGCCGCCCUCGCUAGCAUCUGUAGAGAAAGGGGAGCAUGUACCCCUCUCUGAUGAGCAGGACACAAGUCCAUGCCAGGCACAUGAUCAUCUUUUACCACCAGACACACAAGAUGAAGCCUCUGCUGUCAACAUGGAGGAGAGGCUACUACCUCACUCUGAAGAGGAGGAUGAAGAGGAUGAUGACGAGCAAAUGAGAAGAGAAGGACACAAUAUGGACAUAAAGGAGGAACCACAGGAGCACGACGUAAAACCAGAUUUGCUGUUGGAAGAGCUUUCCAAUAUGAGCCACGAAGACGAGAGUAGCAGUGGCUUCCUGGGCUCUCCUGGCGAAGUGGAUCCUCACCUCUCCAUGGAGCUUGGCCGCUCUGAAACGGAUGACUCACUGCCAUUCGAACCACUCGGAAGUCACACAGAAAAGGUCAAGCGCAGGGGAUCCCCUGGCCGCUCAAGGGUCAAACAGGGUCGAAGCAAUAGUUUCCCUGGGAAGCGUAGACCACGAGGAGGAGGGAGAGGGCGUGGUGGUAGGUCUCGCCUCAAAGCCAUGGCCUCUUGCAUUGAUGCCUUCUUGCUAAGCAUGACUACAGACUCUGGAAUAAGUAAGGAGGACGACGAUGAGGAAGAUGACACCAUGCAGAACACAGUGGUUCUUUUUUCAAACACUGAUAAAUUUGUUUUGCUCCAGGAUAUGUGCGUUGUAUGUGGCAGCUUUGGAAAGGGUGCAGAGGGGCAGUUAUUGGCUUGUGCUCAGUGUGCUCAAUGUUACCAUCCUUACUGUGUGAACAGCAAAAUUACAAAGACGAUGCUGCGCAAGGGCUGGCGCUGUUUGGAAUGUAUUGUGUGUGAAGUAUGUGGAAAGGCUUCGGACCCUUCCCGUCUGCUGCUGUGUGAUGACUGUGAUGUCAGCUACCACACGUAUUGCUUGGACCCGCCCCUGCACACAGUGCCCAAGGGAGGUUGGAAAUGCAAAUGGUGUGUGUGCUGUGUACAAUGCGGUUCCAACUCGCCAGGUUUCCACUGCGAGUGGCAGAAUAAUUACACUCACUGUGGCCCCUGUGCUAGCCUUGUCACCUGUCCAGUAUGCAGAGAGAACUUCAUGGAGGAGGAGCUACUCCUACAGUGUCAACACUGCGAUCGAUGGGUACAUGCUGUCUGUGAGAGUUUAUACACUGAGGAUGAAGUGGAGCAAGCAUCUGAUGAGGGCUUUGCAUGUACAUCAUGCAGCCCGUAUGUUCCCAAACCUGUCGUUGAGUCGGCCAUUAUGGCUUCAAUAAGGAUCAAAGAGCCAGAACCACAGUUCUACCGGUUAGAGGGCGUAUGGCUGACUGAAUCGGGAAUGUCCUUGCUGCGGUCUAUCUCCAUGUCCCCCUUGCUUAAGAGACGACAGCGACGCUCUCGCCUUGGUACCUUGUGUUGUGAAGGAGGCCCUGAUGGAAUGGAUGUGAGGGAGGAGGGGGAAGGAGAAGAGGGAAAAGUCUGCGGGGAGUCUAUGGACUGCGACGCUAAGAUUGAGAACCCUGGAAGCCCUGACAGAGAAGGUGGUGUCGAUGGAGGCACAGAUGGCAUGGCUGAAUGUGAUGUUCUCAAAGGGGUAGCAGACGAUACGGAAGAUGGUAAAAAACGGAAACGGAAACCCUACAGGCCUGGAAUUGGAGGAUUCAUGGUCCGACAAAGGAAGUGUCAUACACGGUUGAAGAAAGAGUUUUUUGCCCAGCUGGCUGGAGAGACUACUUUAGAUGGACAGCCAAUAGAGAGAACCAUCGAAGAGGGACCCCAUCCUGACACAGAUAACAUCAUGGAUCCUAAACCAUUGGAGGGCGAGGAGCAGGCCAAGAAACGUCGAGGAAGAAAGAAGAGCAAACUUGAGGACAUGUUUCCACCGUAUCUCCAGGAGGCUUUUUUUGGAAAGACACUUAUAGAUUUGAGUAAGAAGGCUGUAAUGACAACCCCUGGGCAGAGGCCAGCUGUAUGCCUUCUUCAACCCUCAUUAGCAGCACCACCGGUGUUCAAAACUCCAUCCCCAGAAACUGAGGCCAAGGAUCGUAUGGUGCAUCAUCUCAAGCAAGAGAGGGGUGAGGCCCCGCAGGCUCAAGGAGAAGGUGCAGAAGUCUGUGCACCAUCCUCAACACUGAAGGACCUGGGGUCAACCGAUCCUCAUGACUUUGAUGUAGAAAAAAGUGAAGGUCUUCCACAAGGAGUAGAGAAUCAGGAUUCUGAGCAGUUUUUCAGGAAGGUUCUGGGAGUGUCAGAAGGCUCCACCUUGGAGGGUAUGAAGCCCAUCUCGGAGGGCAAUAAGGGAGAACUCAAUUGUAGUGCUCUGCCACAAAGAGCUCUCCUCUCAGGGUCUCUACCUUCAGCUGGAGUUAUGGAUGCUUUCCCUGCCCUCUCUCAGUCGUCAUUCUUUGACAUGCGGGACAAAGGAGGGCUUUUCAGUCCAAAUGGUGGCGAGGAGAGUCCCUGGGCUACUCCCUCCACCCCAGCGACUCCUUCAUCCCCACCAACCCCCACUGAGGCAGAAGGUGAUGGACUGUCCUACAACCAGCGCAGUCUCCAGCGAUGGGAGAAAGAUGAGGAGCUGGGAGAGUUAUCAACCAUUUCGCCUGUGCUUUACGCCAAUAGCAACUUUCCCACUCUCAAGCAGGACUACCCAGACUGGGCGAAUCGCUGUAAGCAAAUCAUGAAGAUCUGGAGAAAAGUGUCAGCAGCUGACAAGGUUCCUUAUCUGCAAAAGGCCAAAGACAACAGAGCAGCUCAGAGGAUCAACAAGGCACAGAAGCAGGCAGAGAGUCAGGUGUGCAGGCCUGUUAAGAUGGAACCAGUGCGUGUUAAAGGGGAAAGACCGAGUUUACACAUCCAGAUUCCACCGCCUUCCAGAUCUACGUCCAUCUCGUCUCAGCCAAGCUCGGCAGAAAGCCCGUUUCCUUUCCCCCCAGAUUCAGGAUCUUCCUCUGUCUUUUUCUCAGAUGGUAUUGCAAAGACCCCAGGAUCAGCUGAAAUCCGUACCGAUCCUUUUGCCAAGAUCCCCCCUCAGUCACCCCGUUCUCACUCACACCCACCAACUCCUCUAUCCUAUGCUGGGGCUAGCCCCAUACAGGCUUCCUCCUCAGGUUAUUCUGCUUCCGGCCCACAGGGUCCUCCUCAGGGACGGCCAGCUAGUCUUGGCCCCUUUGACAUACAACCAGGGACUUCAGUAGCCUCCCGACGGGCUCAGCAGGUUGACCCCUAUUUCAGAUCACAGUUACAGCAUCAACAGGGUCAUUUAUCAAAAUCUCAGCAAGGCUCUCAAGAGUCCCUUACACCUCUACAAAGUCCUCAUUCAAGAAGCGCUGGAAUAGGGAUUGAGUCACCCAUUUUCUCGCCACCCCAUAACACACACUACGGAGACCCUCAAAGAACUCUACAGACAGAAUACGGUUCAUCCCCAGUACCCUCAGUUACAUCCUCACCUGCCAGCCAGUAUAGGGCUGAUAUGAGUGCACCGUCUCCUCGCUCCACUCCUGUCGGAAGACCUGAUCUUGCCACUGGCUCCCCUGCUGGGAUGCUUGAGUCUGGGGAUGGGUUAUUUAAAGCACCUAUGACACCACGAAUGCACCAAGGAGACGGUGGAGCGAUUCAUCCUGGAGCCUCUCCAAGCCACCCCUCUGAAGGAUACAGACAGUCUCCCUCACACCCUUUCUCUGACCACCACAUUCAGUCUCCACUAACUCCCAAGUUGCAGUCUGGUGAUGGUUGUUCUCUUGGACCCCAGAGACACCCUGUAAUUCAACAGGAAUUGUGCUUGAGAGUUCCCUCCAGUCCGCAAUCCCAGGGCAGUUGUCAGUCUCCCCUCACCCCUGGAGGGCUCUCCAAUGAUGCCUACUCUGCACAGUCUCCUGUAACCCCACGUUUCCAGUCCCCAGAUCACUGUUCUCAGCCUUCUUCAAGGCCACAAUCUAGAGACCCUUUCAUGACUAUCCACAAACCACCUCGCCCCACAUCUGCUGCAUCAGAUGGAACUACAAGUUUCAAAAGCUCACCUAAUUCAAAUCAAUCACCUCAGUUGCAUUCCAACAGUAGUCCCAUCAGGGAUCCUCUUUCUUGCAAACCCUUAGCACCCCCGCCUUCAUUCAGCCCUAGCACAGGAACAAUUCAGAUAUCCCAACAGCAGACACCAGGUCAGCCACAGCCACCGCUGCCCCAGCCGCAAACACAGCAGACUACUGUUGCAGACAGCUACAGCUCUAGACUGAUACCUCCUUCUGGAUCCCAAGAACUGGCAGCUGUCCGCCCUCAAGAUGAACCUCAUCCGCCAUCCUUGCCGGGCACUCAAGAAAUGCCUGAUGUGUCAGCAGUGCAAGACCCUGCACUAGUGGGCCUGAGUCCCUCUGAGCUGGAGAAGCACAGACAGCGUCAGAGACUGAGGGAAUUUCUAAUAAGACAACAAAUGCAACGGAACACUAUGAGACAAGAAAAGGAGGCAGCUGCAGCCGCUGUAGGAAACGCAUCUCCUGGAUGGCCAGGAGGAGAGAUGGGUGCAUUUCAACAAGACAAGAUACACAGAGCACCACCACCUUAUCCACAGGAUCGUGUUGCUGUUACAACUGCUGGCACUCAGGCCUCUAGUAUGGGAAAGAUCCCUGUGAUUGCAAGUGGCAUGGACGACAAGCUCAUUUCCCCACCAUCCACAGGAACCCCUUCCAUCAUGGAUCCUAGUACACUUAGGCCACAAGGCUCCACAAAGCCUCAGGGCAUGUUUCCUCGCCCACCAUUCCCUCCUCAGUGGCAUGCUCCAGGACCAAGGAGAUUCCCCCACCCUGGCAUGGAGGCUAUGACCUUAAGGCACAAUCUCACCAAUGCUGUCAACAUCCAGGGUAUGGAAGUUGUGGGUCACCCUCACCCCAUGAUACCAGGACAUGGAGGAGAGAAUAUGCAACCAAUUGGCCAAGGACCCCCACCACAGUUUAUUGAAUUAAGACACAACUCACAGAGGUUACCACUUAGACCCCAGUUUAUGCCUCGUGGACCUCAGCCCAGACAACGUCUCUUUGCCCCACAAGAGAUGCCAGCACCUUAUGUCCAGCAGCAUCCCAUACCGCAUACUAGUGCUAUUCCGUCAGAUGGGGGCAUUAACUCACAGUUCGGAUUACAGGAGAGUGAACUGUCAUCUUUAUUACCUCCGCAGCCUGCAGUCCCAGGAGCACAGCAGCCCCAAGCAGGAGCUUUGACUUCCAACACUGCUGGCUCUGGACAUCGACAUCUGUCACAAUCGAGUAUUGUCACAGAACAGAACCAAGCAGCUGUGGUAGAACACAAUGAGGCACUACCAGAACCUGAUCUUGAAGGCCUUGCAGAUGCGCCAGGAGAUGCAGGUGUGGAGGAUGAAGAGGAUUUAGCUCUUGACUUGGACCCAGACAAAGGAGAUGAUGAAUUGGGAAACCUGGACAACCUGGAAACUAAUGAUCCACAUCUUGAUGAUUUGCUGAAUAGUGAUGAAUUUGACCUGCUGGCUUAUACUGACCCUGAACUAGACCAAGGAGACCCCAAGGAUGGCUUUUCAGACCAGCUGCGUUUAGUAGAAGCAGAAAGUGAAACCCCUUCAUCAGCCUCUGGGUCUGCACUCAUUAAAGUAGAAGAAAAACCCAAGUUGGCGUCUGGGCAGAAGUCCCUCUCAACAACACCAGCCUCACCAGGCAGGUCAUCCACCCAAAUGCCACCCUCCCCUAGCACAGCUGGUAACUCCAAAGUAAAGAGAGAAACUCUCACCCCUCAGCUCCUGUCAGGACAGGCUGCUGUAAAAGAUGAAAUGGUAGAGGCCGUCUCUCUGCUUCUUGGUCGAACCACACCUUCGGCCAUGCCUGCACAGCAAGAACACCAGCCAGCUUCCCUCAGUUCUGUUCGAUUAGGGGGACUUUCAUACCCACUACAAGCCCAGGAUGGUCCUUUGCCUUUUCCUACAGCUGCUGCGCAUGCAGAUAUUUGUGACGAUGCACUUGACCUGCCUGAUGUUGGAGGACAGCACUCUGUUGCUGUGGAUUUGGCUAAGGUAGAAAGCUCAUUAGAUGGUGAGCUGCCUCUCCUGAUACAAGAUCUUUUGGAACAUGAAAAGAAGGAGCAGCAGAAGCAGCAACAGCUCAGCUCUCUUCACCAGGGAGGCAUGGCUCCUCAUUUUCCUUGUGUUCCAAGUCAACAGUCAAACCCACAGGCACCCGGACCGUUAAUGUUGCCGCAAGACCACCACCGUUCACCAUCCCAAGCAGUGAUGACGCGGCCCGGCAUAGUACCUCGUGCUCCACACAUGUUGCAGCAUCAACAAAGACUUUUGGGAAGUGCAGUGGCACCCUCACCUCACAUGGCCUUGGGCCAGCAGCAAGCCAUGGUGAGAAUGGGGCAACCAGGAAUGCAUGCAGGUCUCAAUCAUCCACCGCAGCAACCUGUGGUGAAACAGUCCCCUCUGGCCAACAAUUUCUUCCCAGACAAAGAUUUAGACAAAUUUGCUACUGAUGACAUAAUGGAUCCCAUUGCCAAGGCAAAGAUGGUGGCUCUUAAAGGUAUCAAAAGAGUGUUGGCACAGGAACCCAUGGUUGUGCCCCCUGGCAUCAACAGGCAACAGGUUUCUCUGCUUGCUCAAAGACUUUCAUCUGCUUCAGGCACAGAUCCAGGUCAAAUUUCAUCAGGGCCUCCAAAAGAGGGAGAAACCAGUGAGCCGACCCAGUCGAGACCAAACCCUCCUCCAUUUGUUCAAGGAAUCAUCAAUAAUUCAGAACAGCACCAGUAUGAGGAAUGGCUUGUUCACACUCAGCAGUUACUCCAAAUGCAGUUAAAAUUCUUGGAAGAACAAAUUGGAGUCCAUCGGAAAUCACGCAAGGCACUGUGUGCUAAGCAACGCACUGCAAAGAAAGCUGGCAGAGAGUUUGCUGAGUCAGAUGCUGAGAAACUCAAGUUGGUCACAGAAGAACAGAGCAAAAUUCAGAAACAGCUUGACCAGGUACGGAAGCAGCAGAAGGAGCACACCAAUCUCAUUGCAGAGUAUAGAAGCAAGCAGCAGCAAGGUCCAGGUCUUCUUGCUGCUGGACAUUCUGCACAGGGAACCGUACCUCACAUGCUUCCCAAAUUACCUGGCCAGAUGAUAAUGGGGCAACAGGGAACUCAAGUCAUUACCCAGCACCCCGGUAUGGUUCCACAAGGUGGAAUGCCUGUUCGGAUGCCCCAAGGUCAGCCUUUCAUUGGAAGACCCCAACCCCAGAUUCCCGUCGCUCUUGGAGUCAAUGGUUCUAGGCCCACAUGUCCCCCUGGUGCUCCAACAGGAUACUUCCCACAGGGGCCGGCAGGAAUGCAGAAUGCUGACCCCAGGCUUCUCCAAGAAAGACAACAUCAACAUAGGAUGCACAUGGCAAAGCUCCAGCAGCAACAGCAAGCGAUGAUGGGCCAGCAGCAACAACAAAAUCAACAGUCAGCCUUAAUAACUCAGCCACAGCCUAGUUUGAUGGGGAACCCACUCAUGUCCCAGCAGCAGGCAAAUCUUCAACAGGAGAUGUUAGCCAGUCAGGUGAAUCAGCAGAGCAUAGCUCAGGUCCCACAAGUAAUGGGUGCAGGCCAGUCUGUGGCUCCACCACUACAGAACUUUAGUGCUGGCCAGCCCAAUAACCAGGCUCAAGCCAAGGGGGCAUCUCAACCAAGGUUAACUGGGAGCCAGCCAAUUACACAACAACAACAGAGGGCUCCAAUGAUUGGUCAGCAGGGAAUUAUUGUAUCUCCAGGUCAUCCUGUCCUCAGGGGUCCCCAGGGCCAGAUGGCUCAACAACAACAACAACAACAGAACAUUCUGGCGGCAAAAGGCAUGCUUGCUUCUCAGCAGCAACAACAGCAGCAGCAGAAUGUCCCAAAGACAUUUGCUCAACUUCAGCAGCAACCGAUGGCACAACAAAGGCAACCAACCCCAUUGACGAUUCAACCCAGCCAAGAGCAAGGAAGACUUUCCCAACCGUCUACGCCACAAAUGGGCUCAUCCCCUUCGACAGGCAGUACGACACCUCAGCCAUUAGGAGCUACAGAUAGUCAAAUAGUAGAGACUAAAGAGGGUGACCUUCUCAGCCCUAAUACCAGAACCCCACCACAGCUUAGUGGACCCUCCACCCCCAAUCAUAUGACCCACGUGGGCCCUGCGAAUGAUCAGCAACCUGAUUUGGGGCGACAGCAAGUUCAUCAGCAGCACCAAGACCAGGGUUAUAUGCAGCAACAACCAUCACUUCCUGACCAACAAUCCAGUCUUGUUGUAAAUCCACAAAUCCAAUCAACUGCUCUACAGAGGCAAGAUUCAGGUAGCACUGACAAGCCCACUUCGAUGGCGAUUAAAGAAGAAGGGAAAUCUCUGGAUUUCUUAGCCCAGCAGCAGCAACAACAGCGACUACAAACGGUUCAUGCCAUGCAGCAAUCUCGAGAUCCCAACAUCCAGCAACAGAAUAUUGGCCAGCAACAGUCUGUUGUAGUUAAUAAUCCUCAACAGCUCACCCUCAUUGCACAGCAGCAAAAACAGCAGGCCAUGAUGGGCAGGAUUAGAGCUCAGCAGCAAGGCAUGAUGGCACAGAGGCCUGGGGUUCCACCUGCUCCUAUACGCACCCCUAUCAACCUCCAGGUCCAGGCUAUCAUUGCUCAAAAUCCACAGCUACGUAAUCUUCCCCCAAAUCAACAACUACAACACAUCCAAGCUAUGAUUGCCCAGAGGCAGCUCCACCAGGGACCAAUGCUGCGGAUGCCAAUGGGUCAACAACAAAGUCAGUUGAGACAUCACGUGUUACCAGGACAGGUGCCACAUGCUGGAAACCAAAUGCCAAGAAUGGAAGGGCAACAUAUGCCAUAUGGAGCCAUGGGGAAGCCUGUAGGUAUGUGCACUCAGCAACAGAGUGGUUCUCAACUUCAGCAGGGAAUGAUGGUUCCAGGGCAACCGCAAAUAGGAGAGGCAAUACAACAUCAGGUUAUGAGAGGACAAUUACCACUACCACGAGCUCCUAUGGACCAUGGCCGUAUGAUCAGGCCCACAUCACCACGUCAGUCGUUACCCACGCAACCUGGUGAUCUCAGACACCCGCUGAACCAAGCAGUAGGGAUGCAUCCACCCACUCCUAACCAGCACCAGCAGCAGGCACUGAUGGCAGCUGCAGCAAUCCGCAUGCAGGGAUCCCCUUCUCAUGCAUAUUCUCCAAGAGGUCCUUUUGGCAUGAGCCCUACCCACCCAGCCUCCCCGCUCCCAUCCCAUGUCUCUUCACCUUCGUUAGCUGACAAUAGAGCUGGAAGGGGAAGUCCAUACAGUCAAGUCAAGGCGUCUCCGCUCAGGUCACCGGGAACCAAGACUCCGCUUGACUGUCCGGGGCUGAAAAUAGAAUCGCAGACAUCGGUCAGUGAAACAUCUUCUACAACCCCACUGAUUCCAAAUGGUCCUCGUACAGGAUUGAAUGUCCAGCAACAGUCUCCACAAGUUGCAGAAAGCCAUGCUCCUCACCCACCACAUGGCUCUACAGAAGGAGAUCUAUGCAAGUUGACGCUGCAGAACAUUAAACAGGAGCCAAGGGAGGUACAUUGUGAUGGUGCAGGAGAUGCCCAUUCUGAUGCUAUAAAGCGAGAAGCGACAGCUGACAUGGUUUCUUCUGGGAGCAACACUACAUUUAUUAAUACAGAUGACACCAGAUCUGAAACUGGACAACAAUUGCUCCAGAAACUCUUGAGAACGAAGAACCUUCAGCUUGCAGCCCAGAGGCCCCCUGAAGGCAUCCACAAUGAGAUAAAUGGCCAUAUCAACAGCAAACUUGCAAUGCUGGAACAAAAACUUCAAGGGACUCCUCGAAAUAUGGAGGAUUUGCAGUCUAUAAGUAAAAGGGCUCCAGCACAAAAGCCAAAGCGCACUAAUAAAGCACCAGGAGACCGGGGGCUUAAUGUACGGAAGAAGACUAAGAAGGAAGAAGUUGGAAAAAGUACUGAAGCGCUCAUAAAGCAACUAAAACAGGGUCUGUCUCUACUGCCCUUGAUGGAACCUUCCAUCACAGCUAGCCUGGAUCUGUUUGCCCCUUUUGGGAGCAGCACAGCCAAUGGAAAAGCCCAGCUCAAAGGAUCCUUUGGAAAUGCAAUGCUAGACAAUAUCCCAGACUACUAUUCUCAGUUACUCACGAAGAGCAACCUCAGCAACCCACCAACACCUCCAUCUUCCCUGCCACCGACACCUCCACCUUCUGUGCAGCACAAGCUGCUCAAUGGAGUGACUCCUGGGGAGGAACUCUCUCGGGGCCAGAAAAAUGCAGUGUCGAAAAACAAACCAAUAGAAGCGGUUACAGAGGAGACAAAGAGUGUUGACAUUCUUGCAGCGCUUCCCACUCCACCGCAUAACCAGAAUGAGGACAUCAGGAUGGAGAGUGAUGAUGAGGAUGCUCCAGAAAGCAUCAUUCCAGCAUCCUCUCCUGAGAGUAAUGUUGGAGAGGAAACUCCACGUUUCCCUCGUCUGCAGGAGCCAAAGGAGGAGGAGACUGAGAGAGCAAUAUCCCCCAUAAUUCCUGUCAUUCCUCGCACGGCUAUCCCAGCGUUCUCGGAGAGCAAACCCUUUGAAGCAGGUGAUGGAAGAGUGGUUUCUAUAUCCAAUCACUGGGAUAAAGCCAAAAGUAACGAGGUGGCGGUUACCUUCACAUUGUCCUCCAUGGCAGCUAAGAAACUUAACCAUGUGAUGAUGGCAAUGGCCCAGCUGCUCAAAAUAAGGAUGCCAGGUUCGUACGAGGUGACCUUCCCUUCCCAAAACCUUGACAUGCCUGGAGUGGAUGAUCCUGGGAAAGGGCCUGUCCAGUCAGGUGUCUGUCUUAAGGACAAUGCUGCAUCCAGUCAGGAUGAGUGGUUAAGGCAAUUUGAUGUGUCUCUGCCAGGCUGCACGUUAAAGAAACAAGUGGACAUUCUGACACUGAUAAAACAGGAAUUCCAAGAUAAUGAAGGCAAAACAGUCCAGCACUGUUACACAACCAAUGUAAACGACUUGGAUGUGCGCCACCUUCCGAUUAUACCAGUGGAGGAAUCACUGCCUCCAUCACCAUCCCCUCCACUUCCUUCCUCCCCAGAUCCAGUUCCAUCUCAUGAGGCAAAACCUUCCAAAAAGUCAGCCCCCUCAUCCCCAUUGCCUGCCACUCCCACUUCUGUCCAGAUCAAGAUAGAGCCUGAGCAGGAUGGUGGUCCUCCUGCAGAAGGGGUUGAUGUGACCGUGUCGACAGUUUCUGGUCCAGAGACGGCCUCUGGUCCAGCAUUUAACCCUACGGGUCUCGAUCCCGCUGCUGCCCCAGAAGAUCACCUGACUCCUGCUGCCAAGGAAGAGGAAUUGGUCACUGAUCCUCUCAUCACAGAGUCUCCCUGCCCACUGGAGUCCUCUCCAAAGGCCAUAAAGCAACGCAGGCCUCUCUCCCCUGAUGAGGUCUUACUCCCCAACGUGAAAAAAUGGAAGGGGAUUCGCUGGAAGCGCCUGCAGAUUGUCAUCUCGAUACGUAAAGGCGGCUCGAAGAAGGAAAGCAGUCGUGAGGUAUCUGAGUUGAUGGAGCGUCUCCGUAUUACUCUGCGACCUGACAGGUUACCACGGGAUAAACGCAAAUGCUGUUUCUGCCAUGAGGAGGGGGACGGCGCCACGGACGGGCCUGCCCGCUUGCUUAACAUUGACGUGGACCUCUGGGUGCACCUCAACUGCGCCCUGUGGUCUACUGAGGUAUAUGAGACGCAGGGCGGCGCGCUUAUCAAUGUGGAGGUGGCGCUGCGUCGCGGAUUGCGUACAAUGUGUGCGUGCUGCCAGAAAACGGGUGCGACCAACAGUUGCAACCGACUGCGCUGCCCAAACGUCUACCACUUUGCCUGUGCCAUCCGCGCCCGCUGCAUGUUCUUCAAAGACAAAACCAUGUUGUGCACCCAGCACAAACUGAAGGGCCCCAGCGAAGAUGAACUCUCCUCUUUUGCUGUUUUACGGCGGGUCUACAUUGAGCGUGACGAGGUCAAGCAGAUCGCCAGCAUCUUGCAGCGAGGGGACCGCAUCCACCUUUUCCGAGUCGGCGGUCUCAUCUUUCACGCCGUCGGUCAGUUGCUACCCUCCCAAAUGGCCAUCUUCCACUCACCUACUGCCAUCUUCCCUGUCGGCUAUGAGGCCACGCGCAUCUACUGGAGCACACGUGUGCCCAACAAGCGCUGUCGCUACCGUUGCCGCAUCAGCGACGACGAAGGCCGCCCCUUGUUUGAGGUGCGUGUUCUGGAACAUGGCAUGGAGGAUUUGCAGUACCGUGACAUGACUCCGCAGGGAAUCUGGGAACAGGUGGUUCACAAGGUUGCCAAACUCAGAGAUGAUUCAUCCAUGUUGAAGUUGUUCACUGAACAUGUCAAAGGAGAAGAGAUGUUCGGCCUCACCAUUCAUGCUGUAAUGCGCAUCACUGAAUCGUUGCCUGGAGUAGAGAACUGCCAGAACUACCAGUUCCGAUAUGGCCGUCACCCACUGAUGGAGCUCCCUCUCAUGAUCAAUCCCACAGGUUCUGCUCGCUCGGAGCCCAAAGUCCCUACACAGUGCAAGAGGCCUCAUACUUUGAACAGCACUAGUGUGUCCAAGGCCUACCAGAGCACCUUCACCUGUGAGAUGAACACGCCAUACAGCAAGCAGUUUGUCCACUCAAAGUCCUCGCAGUAUCGGCGCCUGAAGACAGAGUGGAAGAACAAUGUGUACCUGGCUCGCUCUCGCAUUCAGGGCCUGGGUCUGUACGCUGCUAAAGAUCUAGAGAAGCACACUAUGGUCAUCGAAUAUAUCGGCACAGUCAUUCGCAAUGAGGUGGCAAACCGCAGAGAGAAGAUCUACGAGUUACAGAAUCGUGGUAUAUACAUGUUCCGCAUCAACAAUGAGCAGGUGAUUGAUGCCACUUUGACUGGUGGCCCAGCUCGCUACGUCAACCACUCCUGCGCGCCCAACUGUGUCGCUGAGGUCGUAACAUUUGACAAAGAAGACAAGAUAAUCAUCAUCUCCAGUCGCAGGAUCCCCAAAGGAGAGGAGCUGACCUACGACUACCAGUUUGACUUUGAGGACGACCAGCACAAGAUCCCGUGCCACUGCGGAGCCUGGAACUGCCGAAAGUGGAUGAACUGAGACUGAGGAAGGAGGGAAGGCGGAGCAUCGCCUCCUUUCUGCGCCAAAGCCUAUUUAGUGUUUUUUUUUUUUUUUUCUCUCUCUCUCUCCUAACUUGACUUAGCCAGUGCAUAAGCUGCUCUCAUCCAAGUGGAGGAACGCUGGCCUCCAUCUUGGGACGACUCCGAGUGACAUUUGAGCGUGUAGCCAAAGGUUUGAUGAGCAUUAAUCAACACACCACCACCUCUUUCUUGAUGGUGGAUAACAACAACGGGGCGGCGCUUUUUUUUUUCUUCCCCCCCAAUCACAUUCUUUGCUGGGCUGAAACCCUUUUUUAACUACGGGAACAAUCAUGCCCACAAGCACCAUGCAUCAACAAGAGAAAAAGCCAUUUUAAAAUGCUCCGAAUUAACUACUCCUUUUUUUUUCUUGUUUUAAAUUGGACCUACAGUACUUUCUCUCUCACCUCUGAUCACACCCCUGCGACAAAAAGGCACUUUUCACCCCCCUCAUCAAAUCAUCAAUGAAGACAACGCAGACGUUGGCUAGCGAGACAAUCUUGGUUAAAAAGAACUUUUAGUGACUCCAGAGGCACCCCCUGUGCUCUUCUUGAACAGUGCACAGUCCUAAAAGGUUUGUUGGACCUGGUCUACCUCAUUGAUUUAAGCGGGACAUGACUGCUUUGUAUAGAAAUAAGAAAAAAAUGACAAAACUGUUAACUGCUACUGUGGAAUUUAAGGCGUCGGGGGUUGGGAGGGGGUCUUUCUUGGACAAGCAGGGAAUCUUAAGCAGCAGGUUUGCUCUGUCUACUCUAUGCUGAUGAUCAUUUACAAUACGGAGCCAACCUGGUGAUGAUUAUUAAUCAUGACUUAUUUAUACAGAGGAACUAUAUGAGCAUUUUUAAUAAGCAUUAAAACAAAAAGGCAAUCAGAAGCUCAACGUCACAUCCUGUCUGCCACCAAAUCAUCCUGAGAUCCAUCAACGUCGUCUUCUUCGCCAGUGGCCGCAUGACUACUAAAAUGUCCUUUUUCAAUCGCGUUCUUCUUCCUCUCUUGUCAGAUUUAGUAGACAAAAUAUUUUACUGUAGUAGGUCUUCCUUUUGCCUGAGUGCAGCCUGCAGUGUUUCUACUUCCCAUGUUAUUGUGUGAGUGUGUGUGUGUGUGUGUGUGUGUGUGUAUGUGUGUGUGUGCUUUUCUAGCACCGGUACUGUCGUCCAGGCUGAAACUGAUGGCAGGGAAAGACUGAUUGGAUAAAAGGGCAUUUUUUUCCUCGUCUACCUGAGAGAUAAAAGGAAUAAAAAUAAAUAAAUAAAAAAGGUCUUCAAAGGGAGCUUUACUUAAACUUCCGACACUGCUAUAUUCCUCCUUCUCCGGAAAAACACCUAACACCUCACAGGAUUGAAAGAAAAUGCAAACUUGUACAAAUGUAUAUAACGGUAUAUGCAUUCGGGGCCUCUGUACCCAGCAUGCCCCUUUGUAAUCAAUAAAGUGUAGAGAAAUAAAAUGGAAGAAAAAAAAAAAAAUCAACCACUGGAUAUCAUUUUAACAAAGCUGUACAUACGUAUAAAUAUAUGUAAAAUGGCAAACUAAUAUCUUUAUGUAUAUGAACCAGAGUGUUUUUGCAUUAACCAAUUUUUCUAUUAGUGUUUUUUGCUAUAAGCUCUCAGAGACAAGUUUGUUGAAAAUAAACAAUGUGGUGAGAAAAGAAGCCAAGGCGAUUACAAAAAGGAUCUGUGUGCAGAAUUCACAUCGCACACCAGUGCAUAGCAUUUGUAUUUAUGUAAUAUGUUGGGAUUUUUUUUUUGUAUUUAUGCUUACCAAAUCAUGUCCCUCCUUUGGCUCCAAUUGAAUGAAUAUACUCGUGAAUGGAAGCUUUUCUUCUUAGUGUCAUGUUUUCUUUUGUAUCUUCCCUCUAGAAGUGAAUGUGUUGUGAAAUGGUUACUUGGCCUCAUGUGUGGAAUAAUCCCAAAAUCAAUCCCAGAUUUAACCUGGUUAUGAAUUGCACUCUCUCAUAAAUCUAUCUAUCUAUAUAUCUAUCUAUAUAUAAUGGAGAUGUUUGCUCAAGUGGUAGAUAUUGAUUAAGUAUCCCAAGCCGUGAUUCUACUUGUUUUUACUUUGUUUCUAGUUCAAGGGAAGACCAUAAUGAGACAUAACGCCUCUCACUGGAUUUUAGCCUGAGACAUUUUUAACUUUUCUGAAAUCUUAAUUUAAGUUCUCUUUAUCUUUUAAUUUAAUAAAGGUUUGCUCAAAUUGAAGUUGUUUUUUUAACCUCACUUUUUAAAAGAAACGUUGCAUCUGUACAGCAGAUAUACUUUUAGGGAUGACAAAUAAAUAUAUUGAUUUUUAUUGUGGCAUGUUUUGUAUGAAUAUUCUUUUGAAUUGUACAUAUUUUUUCAGGAAGUCAGAGGUUUCUUUAUAUUCAGCUUCCCACUCCUUCCCCCACGCCCUGUCAUCUUAUUUGUCUGCUUUUGUUUCUUGUAAAUGGAAAUAAAAAUGCAUUUUAAAUAUG